AUGUCAUCUGCUAAUACACACCAUGAUGCGUCAGAGUCUCCAGAACAAAUAGAGAGACGGAGAAUAAUAGAGCAAUUCUUACUGUUCCAAGAAUCUUUGCCCAAAGUCAAUGUGCUAUCCUAUCAAUGGCUUUUGAAUGAGAUGAUCCCUAUGUCCAUGGCUGUGGAGCACAAUUUGGGGAGCAUGGAUGAUAGCUCUAGUACAAGUUCUCAAGAGGAAGAGGACCGGGCAGAAGCUCUAGCUGAUGAUGUGAGCAAAGUGUCGCUAAACAAAGUGGAUUAUGUUCCAUCCCAUAAACUGAUACAAGAGCUAUAUAAUGCGAAUGAUGAGCAACGGGAAAGGGUUUAUGAACGACUAUUCAAGAUUGGGAAAGGGAUUGGGAGUAAAAUUACAGAGCUUCUCAUAUUCAGCAAUAAUCCAAACCUUUCGUUCAGUCAUAUGGAUACACUUGGCAUGGUACGGUUCAUUUGCAAGGAGGUCUGGAAGCUACUAUAUGGGAAACAGAUAGAUAACCUAAAGACGAACCAUCGUGGUGUCUUUUACCUCUUUGACUACGAGUUCGAGCCUAUUCAAAACUUCUCUAUUGAUGAUGAUGAAGAAAAGUUGUUGAAGAUGGUGGCACCUUAUGUGCAGGUACCAUUGGGGGUUAUCUCUGGUAUUUUGACUUCUUUGGGAGUGCCAGAAGAUGAACUCUCUGUAUCAUUCUCAUACACAGAUAUUCCGGAUAAUAAGAAGAAGCCAUUGGGUCAGUUCCCAAAGGGUUUGAACUUCAAUAUCCAAAUAAACCAGUUCCAACAGAAUCCAGACGCGUAA